AGGCAGGGCGCAUUCCCGCGAGCCCGGCGGUGGCUGGGCGCCUUUGAUUGCCUUUCGGGUGUGGGGAGGCUUGCCGCGAGGUGAGUUUCUCGGCUCCUGAGGAGGUGCCCGGCGGCGUUUUUAAUUUUCCUCUUUCCCUCUCGCUCUCCAGCCGCACCGUCCCAGCCGGCCGGACUUGCAGGCACUUCCUGCAAGUGUGGCCGGCUGGGACGUUGCGGUUAGGGAGUUUGCUACUCGCGCCGAGCGGUGGCGAAGGGGCCGAGUUUGGGAGGAAGAAAAGCGAGGGGGACUCCGCACGCGUGACUUCGGGGCUCCUCGAGAGUAAGUAAGAAAGCAAGGCAGCCGCAGCCGCCAGCGUCCUCCCGGUCGCCGAAGAGAGACUGCGGGCGGGACGCGCGGCUGGUGGUGGAUCUCCAGUUCCCUCGGCUGGUCACGGCCCUCUCUCUCUUCGUGAAACCUUUCAGUUUGCCAGUUGUUUGGGAUUAGUUACGAAAGAAGAAGAAGGAGGAGGAAGAAAAAGAAAAAAAAACCCUUUUAAAUCAACGUCAUUAUAACUCAGGGGCUUGGCUGGACUUAAAAAGAAGAAGGAAAAAAUCGCGCUUCCGAACUAGUGUAUUGUUUUACCUCGCUCGCUUUCAUAAACUAACCCCGAAGAACUCUGUAAUUGGAUAACAAGAGUAAUAGGAUGACAUCCCUUGUAGAUCCCAGGAUUAAACAAGCUUUGAGGAAGAAACCAUCUGAAAGAACUCAAGAGGAAUUAAAUACUAUCUAUUACUAUCUUCAUGGAAUGGAUAUAUUAUCUCAUCUCAGGGAGCAUCAGUUAAGAAUUAUGACUUCCAGUGCACGGUAUAAAAGAUAUGACGGAAAUCAAGUUUUAUUUUGCUCAGAUACUAUUGCAAGAUGCUGGUAUAUUCUUCUUUCUGGAUCUGUGCUUAUGAAGGAUUCUAUGUUUUUGCCACCCUGCAGUUUUGGCAAGCAGUCUGGAGGGAAACGAGGUUGUGAGUGUAUUGUGUUGGAACCUUCGGAAAUGAUUGUGGUAGAUAAUUCAAAAGAGAAUGAAGACAGUAUCUUGCAAAGGGAAGUGCCUCUUCGACAAUCUCGACGGAGGUUUCGGAAGAUUAAUCGGAGGGGAGAACGUCAGACCAUUACAGAUAAUGUGGAUGUUAGUAGCUACCUUUCACUUCCAGCUGACCUUACCAAGAUGCACCUCACAGAUAGUCAACAUCCACAGGUGACACAUGUCCCUUCAAGCCAGUCUGGCUGCAGCAUUGCCAGUGAUUCUGGGAGUAGCAGUUUAUCAGACAUCUAUCAGGCUACUGAAAGUGAGAUGGGAGAUGUAGAUUUAACUGGCCUCCCAGAAGCACCAGUAGAUUCUGAAGAUGAUGAAGAAGAAGAUGAAGACAUUGACAGAACAUCUGAUCCUCUGCUAGGACGAGAUGUUGUUCGGGAGUGCCUUGAAAAAGAACCUGCUGACAAAACAGAUGAUGAUAUUGAACAAUUACUGGAAUUCAUGCAUCAGCUUCCAGCAUUUGCAAAUAUGACUAUGUCAGUAAGAAGAGAACUUUGCUCAGUAAUGAUAUUUGAAGUGGUAGAACAAGCUGGAGCCAUCAUCCUUGAAGAUGGGCAAGAGCUUGACUCUUGGUACGUUAUUUUAAAUGGCACUGUGGAAAUUAGCCGUCCUGAUGGGAAAACAGAAAGUCUCUGUAUGGGAAAUAGUUUUGGGAUUACCCCAUCUCUGGAAAAGCAACACAUGAAUGGUGUGGUUAGGACCAAAGUAGAUGACUGCCAGUUUGUAUGUAUAGCCCAGCAGGACUAUUGGCGUAUUUUGAACCAUGUUGAAAAAAAUACACACAAAGUGGAGGAAGAAGGAGAAAUUGUUAUGGUGAAGGAGCACAGAGAACUUGACCGCAGUGGAACCAGAAAAGGACACAUUGUCAUUAAGGCUACACCUGAACGCCUCAUUAUGCAUUUAAUAGAAGAACACUCUAUUGUGGAUCCAACCUACAUUGAAGACUUUUUAUUAACAUUCAGAACAUUUUUGUCAAGCCCUCUGGAAGUUGGGGACAAACUCUUAGACUGGUUUCUGGUCGACAGUCUCAGGGACAAGGUUACUCGAGUUGUACUGCUAUGGGUGAACAACCAUUUUAAUGAUUUUGAAGGAGAUCCAGCCAUGACAAGAUUUUUGGAAGAAUUUGAAAAAAAAUUGGAAAAUGCGAAAAUGAAAGGACAUCUCAGGUUAUUAAACAUUGCAUGUGCCGCAAAGGCAAAGUGGAGACAAGUCACCUUGCAAAAGCCUUCUAGAGAGUCACCACUUUUCUUCAGUCUUCUUGGAGGGAGCGAAAAAGGUUUUGGUAUUUUUGUAGAGUCAGUGGAACCAGGAAGCAAAGCAGCAGAAACUGGGCUUAAACGUGGUGAUCAGGUAAUGGAAGUAAAUGGGCAAAACUUUGAGAACAUUACAUUUUCAAAAGCUACUGAAAUCUUGAGAAACAAUACUCAUCUUUCCAUCACUGUAAAAACAAAUAUUUUCGUAUUCAAAGAGCUACUUAGUAGGAUAGGACAGGAGAAGAAUGGAGUUCCGCAUAUUCCCAAAAUAGCAGAAAAGAAAAAUAAUCGUUACUCCAUCCCAGAUAUUCCUGGAGAUGUGGAACAGAUGUUUCCACGUGAGAAAGGAAACAAGAAAAUCAAAGCAAACACUGUGUCUGGAGGAAGAAACAGAAUCAAGAAAAUUUUAGACAAGACACGAUUCAGCAUCUUGCCUCCAAAACUAUUCAGUGAUGGUAGUGUAAGCCAGUCACAAGAUGACAGUAUUGUGGGGACAAGACAGUGCCGACACAGUUUGGCAAUUAUGCCUAUUCCAGGCACACUUUCAUCCAGUAGUCCUGAUCUCUUACAACCCACAACUAGCAUGCUGGAUUUUUCAAAUCCUUCAGCAGUUGGCUUUUACUACAUUCCUGAUCAGGUUAUAAGAGUCUUCAAAGCUGAUCAACAGAGUUGUUACAUUAUCAUCAGCAAAGACACUACAGCAAAAGAAGUUGUAAGCCAUGCAGUACAUGAGUUCAAUUUGGCAGGAACCCCAGAGACCUAUUCUCUGUGUGAAGUUUCUGUGAGCACUGAAGGAGUCAUCAAACAGAGAAGGCUUCCUGACCAGUUCUCAAAGUUAGCAGACCGAAUUCAGCUCAAUGGGAGGUAUUAUUUGAAAAAUAAUAUGGAAACGGAGACUUUGUGCUCAGAUGAAGAUGCUCAAGAAUUGCUAAGAGAGAGCCAAAUCUCACUUUUACAGCUGAGUACUAUUGAAGUGGCUACUCAGCUCUCAAUGAGAGACUUUGAAUUGUUUCGAAACAUUGAGCCUACUGAGUAUAUCGAUGAUUUAUAUAAGCUUGAAUCUAAAACAGGAAAUACUAACCUGAAACAAUUUGAGGAUGUUAUUAAUCAAGAGACAUUUUGGGUUGCUACAGAAAUUCUAUCUGAAGCAAAUCAGCUGAAAAGGAUGAAGAUUGUAAAACAUUUCAUAAAAAUUGCUCUCCAUUGCAGAGAAUGCAAGAAUUUCAACUCUAUGUUUGCUGUUAUUAGUGGUCUUAAUCUGGCACCAGUGGCUCGACUCAGAGGUACAUGGGAAAAGUUACCAAGCAAAUACGAAAAACACCUUAGAGAUCUUCAGGAUCUUUUUGAUCCAUCUAGGAACAUGGCAAAGUAUCGCAACAUCCUUAGUAGUCAGAGCAUGCAGCCUCCAAUUAUUCCAUUAUUUCCAGUUGUCAAGAAAGAUAUUACAUUUCUGCAUGAAGGAAAUGAUUCAAAGGUGGAAGGUUUGGUAAAUUUUGAGAAACUGAGAAUGAUUGCUAAAGAGAUACGUCAGGUUAUCCGAAUGACUUCUGCUAACAUGGAUCCUGCUGUGAUGUUCAGACAAAGGAAGAAGAGGUGGAGGAGUUUGGGGUCACUGAGUCAGGGUAGCACAAAUUCAAACAUGUUGGAUGUUCAAGGAGGUGCUCACAAAAAACGUGCUCGGCGCAGCUCCCUUUUAAAUGCAAAAAAGUUGUAUGAAGAUGCUCAGAUGGCCAGGAAAGUCAAACAGUACCUAUCCAACCUAAACGUGGAAACAGAUGAAGAAAAAAUCCAGAUAAUGUCACUUCAGUGUGAGCCUACAUACAGCACUUUGACAAAAAACUUAAGUGAAAGACGAGGCACAAAAGUUUCAGAGAUGUCUCCAAUGCCACUGAGGUCGGUUGGCCAAACCACAAAAGCCCACUUACAUCAGCAAAACAGAAUGAGUCAAGUUCUUCAAGUUCCAGCAGUUAAUCUUUACCCUAUUCGGAAAAAAGGACCAGCAAAAGACCACGUCGCUUUUAGUGCAGGUUCUCCUCAGAAGUCACUCAGUUUAUCUGAAGAACCAAGUAGUAAAAAGCAGGCAGAAGAUGACAUCUCUGUGGCAUCAUCAUUGCAUUCCAGUCCUCCUGCUUCUCCUCAGGAGUCUCCACGCAAAGUCAGUAACUCGCAGAGGUCUGAUAACUGUAGCCAGCUUAAUCUGUCCGGUUCAUCUUCCUCCCUUGCAAGUGAAACAAGCAACAAGAACAGUGGACAUCGCAGCUAUGGAAUAGGCUACGCCCUGAUCCCAUCUGCCAAAUCUGAGAAUUUUUCCGAUUCCAGUCAUAGUGAGAUCUCUUCACGGUCCAGCAUUGUCAGCAACUGUUCUGCUGACUCCAUGUCUGCAGCUCUUCAGGAUGAGAGGUGUCUGCCUCAGACGAUGGUGAUGGAUGCAGUUGAGGCAGUGGAAAGGAGAGAGCCCUUUCCACCACCUCCUGAAUACAACCAGUCUUGCCCUGGUUUAAGUUGGCCCCUGCCUAGACCUCCAGUGAUCCGAGGGCUGCCUGUCCCAUCCUCCAUGAGCACCGAGGAGAUUUCUCAUGAGCACCUCACAAUAGAAGCAGCAGAUAGUGGCCGUGGAAGCUGGACCUCUUGUUCGAGUAACUCUCAUGAUAAUUUUCAAAACAUCCAGAACCAAAAGGGGUGGGACCUCUUAAACUCUUACCGCCAUGCUCAUUUAGAAAGGGCCAUUGCUGAAGUGGAGCCAUCUAGCUGCUGUCCCGAGGAGACUCAUUUGCAGUCACACAGCCACUCAGACGGUAGUCGGCAACCCAAAACUGGCAUGGACUUUGACCAGUCCCGGCAGAGCUGGGCUUCAUCUAGUUCCCUGUCAGACACCCACGAAACAAACUAUGGGACCAUAAAACGAAGAGGACUGGACAGCUUAACAGCAGAGCACACUGAGGCUUUGGACGCUAAAGCAGGUAGUGAUGCAACUUACAAAACUGUCACUUCAAGCACAGAGCAUGGCCUCAUAGUGUACUGUGUCACCUCAUCUAAGGAAGACAGUAGAUAUAGGGAGCCACCGCCCACCCCACCAGGAUAUAUGGGGAUUUCUUUAGCGGACAUAAAGGAAGGAUCCCACCACCCACACCUAAAGCCUCCAGACUAUAGUGUGGCGGUGCAGAGGUCAAAGAUGCUGUCUAGGCUCUCCUCCACUCCUCUGAAUAGCGAACCAGUGGCCUGUUUUCCAAGGAAGAUGCCUAAGUGGCAUAGCCGGCAACCGUCCCAUCCUAAGCUAGCAGAUAUGACUGGCGCAAAUAGUGAAGAGGAUGAAGAUGAACAAGUAUCAGCAGUCUAGCCUCUGUGCUUCCUGUGAAAAUUGUUUCAAAUCGUAACAACAUUGGAGGAAGGAAUUUUACAGUAUUGUCAGCUAUAGCUGACAGCUUGCUGCUAUUGACUUCAAAGAAUUGUGUUUGCCUCUCUUCGACUAGUAGGAUGAACUAUCUGGAUUGUAAUUUUGAAUUUGCUUCAGCCCAUUGCAGUCAAUUCAAUGGAAUUUAAGAAAACUAUAUUGGAAAGAUAAAACACUCAUUCUAAGAAAUACUGACCCUGUAUUGCAGUAUCAAGAAGGACCUAAUAUUUGAUGCAUUGGGGCCAGCUUGGGAGCAAUCUUCUGUAGAAGAACUAUAGAAUCUUUAUUAGUAGACUUUGUUCAGAUAUUUUCUCUAUAACUGUUAUGGCUCUCAGUUGAAGAAAGUUAUUUUAUGUGAAAAUGACAUCAAAACUAAGGAAACCUCUGCAGCAAUCUGAAGAGUAAUUUAUUAAUUUGGAAUUUAUAUAAGGAUUUUUGUUUGUACAUGUAUUGGAAUGCUCUGGUUGGCUAAUGUGAAUGCUUUGUCAAAAAAAAAAGGAAGCAAAUUGUUAAGGUGUUAGUGUGAUGUCUUAUGCUAAGCAAAACACUUGAUUUCUAAGGAACUGGAUGUUCAUGAGUGCAGCUAGAGGUUUACACACAGUGUAACAUCAACCACAUCAAUCUUUAAAAUAUCAAGCCCUUAGAGGUGUAUAUUGAGUGUGUUUUGAUGGGCAUACAGUAGUGAAAUACUGCCAUCUAUUGAUCCUGUAUUUUAAAAUCAAUGAAAUACAUGCAGUUCCUUUCAGCUAUCAUAUUAUUAAGGGAGCACUUGCAUUUUUUUUCUUUCCUACAUUCCAUAUUUUUCCCUCUUGUCUAAACAAUUUCAUGGCACAUUUGUAUCAUUAUCUGCCUAGAGACUUACCAGGUGUUUCCUCUUCUAUAAUACUUGCAUUGGAGAAGUACUCAACAAGUUCUGCUCUUUAGGAUUUAGCUUAAAGUUUUCAAACUUACAAGCUUAGGAACAAAGUCAUAGAAAUAAGAAGGACCAUUAGGAGGAGGAGGAGGAGGUGGUGGUGAUAAUAAUGAUGAUAAUGAUAAUAAUAAUAAUAAUAAUACAGUCUAUAUAUUAUUUCAGGCUUUCAAUUUUAUUUGAAACUUUUCUUCCCAUUCCUUAAGAAAAGUUUGGUUGCAAGUCCUUUUUUGUACUUAAAUCAGCUGCAUAGUUCAUAAAUUUUGAACAAUCCACACAUCCACUACGAAGUCCAAAGUAAUCGAUUCCCACUGAUUCAGAGACUUAGAAAUACUUUCCAGAUGGAUAAUCUUCUAGAUGCCUAUAACAAAAGUUGGGAAGUUGCCAUGUUGAGGAAAAUUGUUCCAGAUCAUCCCAGAUUUACUACAAUCAUACUGAAUACUUAAAAUAUAGUUUUAGAAAUCUGAGAACAUGUAAAACGAAACAUACCAUCUGUUGCCACCACAAUUGCCUACCAGUGCCACUUAAUUACUCACCCCUGGUAAGCACAUUCUAAAGAUGAGAAAGAGACAAGGCUUAUGUGUGCUAUUGCUCUAGGCUUUUUUUUGUGGGGGUUGGGAGUGAAGCGACAGAACUUCUCACUGUUCUCAAGUGCCUGGUGUGAUUGUAAGAUGAAAUUUCUUCAUUUAUCUCAAGCUUGUGUGCUGGAUUUCAGAAAUGCCCAGCAAAUGUGACUUCAAAUCACCUUUAAAACCCAGUGGAACUGCAGGCAUAUCAAUCAUGCUCUCCUAUAAGGUGGGGUGAUUACAAAGGUGCUAUUUACAGAGAAAGAGGAUUCCCUGAACUGGUAUGUAUAAUACACAUUUGCACAUGUAUUAUGCAAAGUAAAAGACAAAAGACUGGCUUGACAUGGCAGCUUUACUUAGCCAACCAGAGUACAUAGAAAAAACUGGAGUUAUUAUUUGUGUUUAUAUUCUUCCCCUACUGCAUAAUGGUUGCCUAGCUGAACAUAAUUAGUGGACAUGAAUGUCUCAAUGUAUAUUUAAAGUUUACUUGUAAACCUUAAUACCAUAAAUGUUUACACACUAGGGUAGAAGGAAGAUGUCUGUCAGUUUUAAAGGUGCCUCAAAGUAACCUUAUUUUUUACACUUAAAGUUAUAAAGAGGUUUCAGAUUUUCAUUUCUGUGCAAAGUAAAUGUCGCUUGUCCUGAUAUCAAAACUUUCUGUUUGCAUAUUGACUUAGGUCAGUGAUAGCUUUCCCAAAAGCAUAUGUGAAAAAAGCUUGUCUUUUGGAUUUCUCUAUGGCUAUUGGAGACUUCCUUCAAUGCCUUGUAACAUGAAAUUACAAAUCCAGAGAGCUGAGUGGAUAACCCUAAUUCAAAAAUUAAGUGACUAAAUAUAUGUUACUACUUAAAUGUCUGGAAUAAAUAGGUGAGCCAUCAGGGCUCUUCCCCUCCGCCCACCCUCCCCAGACCUUAAAGCAACCAACAGUGAGAAAAUACUGAAGCUUGGCAACCAUGGUUUUAGCAUUUAUUAUAAUGUUACUGCAGGUGCAACAGAGUUAAAUUUUCCUGCACACAAACCACUACAUAAUCCAUAGUAGUACAGUUUCCACUGAUUCAGAGACUUGUGGAAAGUAUAUUUCUGAUGGAUCAUCUCCUAGAAACCCAUAACAGAGUGAGGAAAGGCAUGUGCAUAGCAUCUGUUCAAAGUUCUUCUUACAGCUGAUGUCCAACUGAAUGGGCAUACUGUGACUCUGUUUAAAACUGCAGGUUGCUUGAUGGACUUUAUGGAGAACUUCGAUGUCACUGGUAUGGAUGUGCUUUUUGCCAGAUAUGCCUGGGCUUUCAAAGAAGGAGGUUAUGCUCGUCAAAAGCAAACUUUUAAAUCUGAGUCCUGAGCUCCCAGCAAGUCCAGUUCACACACAUACCAUGCAGUUUGUAAGUGUAAACUCAACUUUAAACUUAGUAGAUGUUCUAGUGCUUAGGGCCAAUAUUACAGUAUUUCUCGAAUCUCAAAUAUUUGUUGCCAUUUGUAGAGAGCCUUUUCUCUUUGGUAGUAAUUUUUGUUGGGUUAUCAACCCACCUCCAGGUCUUUCCUUGUUGAAAAUCUCGUGAGCCAAAAAUUGCCCUUUUAGUGUAUUUGUAUCAACAGCAUCAGAGAUGUCUGCUUUUUUAAUUAAUGUUAUUUUUAAAAUCACUGGGCAUCUUGUUAAUACAUUUUCCUAAUGCAGAGCCUAUAGAGUGUAAAUAUGCAGCGGGUCAGUGAGCCCUUUUUAACUGCUUACUAUUUGCACAGUGCAAACUGCCUCAGCCUGUCCUUGCUCUGAUCGGUAUAUGUUUUGUUUUGCUUUUUACCAGCUUGGUCAGGGACAGUAGCCAAACUGAAAUGGGGCUUGGGUAAGCCCAAGGAGAUGGAUUUUUUUGUUUUAAAGCCAUUCAUUAUGAAACUGCUUAACCCCAUUUUGUGCUGUUUACAUAAUGUUUAUUCAUUAUAUAACUGAACAUAUUACUAGCAUGUUCUGCAUCCCUUCCAUGCACAUAACAUGUUGAUUUUUUUUUUCAAGUUCUUGAAAUGGCCAAUUCUUCUCUGUAUAUAACAUUUAUUCUUUUUCCAUUGUAUUGUGAGAAAGUUGGCCUUAUGCUGAAAGCGCAAUAGGAAUGUUUAAAAAUCUCAAAAGUCAGUUUUUAAUUUACACGAAUAGGAGGAAAGGAAACCCUGUAUCGUAAUAUGUAAGUAGGCCUGUACAUAAUUUGCCAUUUGAUUCCUCUUUGAGGCAAGAUUUAUAUCGGAGGUAAACCAAGUCGUGAAAAUAUGCAUAAUAUUGAGCUACAAUUUCCAAAGUGGUGAUUUGCAGGUGCACUUCUGUUACCUCGACACAUACUGUCAUCUAGGGUAAAUUAAAAAGGUUCUGAUUUCACUUGAAUAAGUACACGGCCAGCAUUUCUCUUCCAAAGUUGGAGAAUUUUGCACUAAUGCUAGUAAAGCUGAUUCUCACUUCAACUUUUGAAAACUUCUUGAGAUAUGAUCCUGCUGCACAGCUAAGGUGAUUCCAAAUGAUGAAUAAUGGAUAUCCAAUAAGAAUCCAUUAUAUCAAUUUAUCUCAGGAGGUAAAAAAAAUGGAAGAAGCUUGAUCUGUUCAUACAAAUAAUUUAUAGGAAACAGUGCUACAGGUCCAGGUAAUGUGCAUUUCCUGAAAUGCAGUUUUAGAAACAUUGUACUUGCCUUCAAAAACGGAUCAGGAAAAAAAUACUUCUUCAUUGACUGAAACAUUUAAUGCCAACUGUUUAAACAUGGAGUAGAAAACAGAUGUCACCUCCAGUUCAUUCCUCUCCCUGUUCCUCCAGUUGUACUUGUCAUCGUUGUGUCUUUAAGUUCUUUAUCUAUCCAUGGAAUGCAGUUUAGCUUGGUACUCAUGACGUUUUGCAUAUGUGAGCAUAUGGGCAAAAACUGCACAGUUGUAAUGGUAUUCCAAUAGCAAUUGUAAAACUGCACAAAUCAGUGAUUGUAAAGUAUUCUGUAACAAGCAAUGUUUGUCUUCUAUUUUUUUAUACCUCUUACACUUAUGUCUUUUAGAAAGACAGUGCCUCUGUAUGCUUUUUUGUAUUUUUACUGAGUGAUUGUAAAUAUUUGUUAUAUUUUUGGUUAAGAGAAUGUUUAAAAGUAUUGUUUAAUAUCCAAUCUACUAAUGAUGUUGGAACCAAUAAACAACUUAUCAUGGA